GCGAUAUGUUGUUUGGUGCAUCACUUCAUUGCCGUGGUGGUCGACGCCUCUCGCUCCCAUCGACAUGACAGCGCGCGUCAACACGUACGAGAACGGUAAAGUGGUCCACAUCGGGUCGACAGGAGACGCCGUCGGCUUGUCUGUGGCCAAGCUCGUCGCUGACCUGAGCAAGAAUGCCAUUGAAAACUCUGGCCGCUUCACCGUUGCACUCUCUGGCGGGUCCCUCCCCAAGAUUCUCGAAAAGGGUUUAUCCUCUUUGAAGGAUGGCGUGGACUUUUCAAAGUGGCAUGUCUUCUUUGCCGAUGAGCGCGUUGUCCCGCUCGAUCACGCCGACAGCAACUACCUCGCCUGUCAUGACGCUCUCUUCCAGCAUGUGGCCAUCCCACGCAGCCAAAUCUACAUGAUUGCCUUCAAUGACGACCCUGCCGUCGUUGCUCAAGACUACACUCGUCAACUUAGCCAGCUGUGGGGCUCCGAGUUGCCGCGCUUCGACUUGAUCCUGCUUGGCAUGGGUCCCGACGGACACACGUGCUCCCUUUUCCCUGGCCACGCCCUCUUGGAUGAAGCGUCGUUGUGGGUGGCGUCCAUCUCAGACUCGCCCAAACCUCCUCCGAAGCGCAUCACACUGACGUAUCCUGUGGUGAAUAACGCGGCCUCCGUGGCUUUUGUCGCGACGGGCGACUCGAAAGCGCCGUUGAUGCGCCAUAUGCUCGGUGUAGAAGCCCAGUCGCCGUCGCUUCCAGCGGCCCGAGUGUUGCCGACGGCUGGCCAAGUGCAUUGGUUCAUCGAUGAAGCUGCCGCUGCCAAGCUCUAAGUCGUAGUAAACCUCACUUUGUGUGCA